UUGGCUACGGUGUGCAUAUGUUGACAUAUAUUAAAAAAAUAUUAAUGUCAUAUACAAUAAAAUAAUACAUUAUUUUAUGUACAAGAUGUAACCACAUAUUUCCGUGCAUAGAUUCAUUUUUGUUUGCUUAUUGUAUCUAGUGAGAAAAAUUGUCUAAAAAAACUAUUUAAAAUGGCUACUCCACGUUCAAUAUCUUUUCCGCGAUAUGGAAAUUAUGUACCUCCAACCGCAUUGUUACCUAAGUCGGAGCCUUUAACUUUUGAUGAAAUUAUGCGAAAUAAAAAUUUGACAGAACAAGUGAGACCGUUUUACUUCGCAGUGACGGAACCACCAGAUAAUUUUGAUCUGAGUAAUGAAGCUGAUAUGGUGUCGGAAGAUGAAUCGGGCUUUAGUACAGAAAAUAUUGAUGAGAUUUCUGAUUCAAGUCAACCAAAGUUGAAUGAACUCAAAUCUAAAGAACCUAAUAAUCAGCGUGUCAGUCUUUUUGAAUUAGUGAAACAAUCUCCUAUUAGAGAACCAUUAUUAUAUUUUACUGAGAGACAAAUGGAUAAAUUUAUCUUAACUUGUAAUUCAUUGAUUGAAAACAGUAACUCAAAACAUAAACAUAAGCAUAAACAUAAGCAUAAGCAUAAACAUAAGCAUAAGCAUAAGCAUAAGUAUAAACAUAAGCAUAAACAUAAGCAUACACAUAAGCAUACACAUAAGCAUACACAAGAGCAGACACAAGAGCAUACACAUAAGCAUACGCAUAAGCAUACACAUAAGUAUACACAUAAGCAUACACAUGAGCAUACACAUAAGCAUACACAUAAUCAUGAACAUAAUCAUGAACAUAAGCAUCAACAUCGGCAUAGACAUGUGUGCGCGAAACAUAAAUACAAAAGAAGAAAAGAAAAGGAAAGGAAGAAAAAGAAGGAAAAGGAGAAGGAAGAAAGAAAGAAAAGAGGAAAUAUAAAAUAA